AUGGCUGUUAUCUUGCUUUACAUGGCGGAUUUGGCUCACCAUCAGUUUCUUUUCACUUUCCAAGAAGACCCAUCAAGCGAAAUUNGAUACAUUUGUCUAUCUUUUUCACCUCUUUUGAGUAUUCCUAAGUCUUGUCUCUCUUGUGUACAGCUGCAGAUUUUUGCAAGGAAAGUAGAAUCAUUCUCACUUUUGGUUCCAGAGAAAGAUGAUGAAUCAUCAGAGAAGUUGCUGAAUGGUGGAGAUAUUACUACUAGUAAAGGACAGGUUCUUUCUCUAUCUGCUUUCUCAUGUGGAUAUAUCUUCUGGUUGACAUCCGGGCAAGUGGCAUCAGCAAGUGAAAGUGUCAGAGUAAACAUGGUUUAUGAGGUCGGAGAGUUAUUCGAAUUGGGAAUCCAACUUACCUACCUGCUUAUACUACUAGCAUUGCUUGGGGCUGGAAGCUUCUUUGUGAUUCGGCAAGUCCUUGUCCGCAGAGAGCUUGAUCUUUCUGCCAAAGAAUUGCAAGAGCAAGUUAGAAGCGGUGAUGCCAGUGCAACAGAACUUUUUGAACUUGGAGCUGUGAUGUUGAGGCGAAAAUUCUACCCAGCUGCUACAAAGUACCUGCUUCAGGCAGUACAAAAGUGGGAUGGAGAUGAUCAGGAUCUUGCCCAAGUUUACAAUGCCCUUGGUGUCAGUUAUGUUCUUGAUGAGAAAAUCGACAAAGGAAUUGCUCAGUUUGAGAAUGCUGUAAAACUUCAACCAGGUUAUGUCACGGCAUGGAACAACCUUGGCGAUGCGUACGAGAAAACAAAAGACUUAACAUCCGCUCUAAGAGCAUUUGAAGAGGUCCUCCUUUUUGAUCCUAAUAAUAAAAUAGCUCGUCCUAGGCGCGAUGCAUUGAAGGAUAAAGUACAGAUGUACAAAGGAGUACCUGUGAAAUCUAAGAAGAGUUGAUAUGGGGAGCUUCUUGUUGUUUUUACACACUUAUACUGACUAUCCUUGGAGGAGCUUGCCUCCCCCCC